GAAUUAAAAAAAAAUGGGUAAUACUGAAAGUAAUGUUGUGAGUAGUGUAAAAAAACAAACAGAUACUUCGUCAAUUGUUCUUUACAAACUGGUUGACUUGAAAGGUGGUGGUCUUUUAGUGGACAUGAUGAAACGAGCAACUCAAACAAAACAAUAUGCUGAAUUAGAUCAUGCAAUUAGAACUAAAGUUGAACCUUUUUUAUACAACAAAGGACGAGGAAUUUGGAUUCAUAUUAGUAAACUUAUUUUACUAAGAAACAAAGAACGUGGACGUCAUAAAUUGCUUCCUGUUUUAAAAGCUCUGGAAAAUCCGGAAAUGUAUGAUAUUAUUAAAGAGAUUGGUGAUGAGAUUGUAGACGAAACAAAAAUUGAUAAAAAAAUGUACAGAGAAGUUUGCUGGUAUCUACAUGAACGUGGUGCAGUUGGUGAAACAAUAUUGCAUUUGUGCAUGCUCAAUGCAACAGCAAUUCACGCUGAUUUGGCAAAAAGGCUAUUACGUUUUUACCCAAAACUUAUCAAUGACAUUUACAUAAGUGAUGAAUACUAUGGUGAAAAUGUUUUGCAUAUUGCCAUUGUAAAUGAGGAUCCAGCAAUGGUUAAAUAUUUAUUAGAUUCUGGUGCUGAAGUUCAUGAACGAUGCUUUGGAAAUUUUAUGUGUCCAGAAGAUCAAAAAGCAUCAAGAACUGAUAGUCUUGAUCAUGAAUGGGUAUCUGUAACUCCCGAGACAAAUUACAAUGGAUAUGUUUAUUGGGGUGAAUAUCCACUGAGUUUUGCAGCAUGUCUUGGACAAGAAGAGUGUUAUCGUUUGGUGUUAGCUAGAGGUGCUGAUCCUGAUAAACAAGACACAAAUGGAAAUACAGUUCUUCAUAUGCUUGUUAUCUAUCAAAAAGUGGCAACAUUCAAUAUGGCAUAUGAAGUUGGAGCAUCAUUAUCACUGAGAAACAAUCAACACUUGACACCACUUACUCUUGCAGCAAGACUUGCAACAGUUGAAAUGUUUUUUCAUAUUAUGAAUAUUGAAAGAGAAAUUUACUGGCAAAUUGGUAGUAUAACUUGUGCAGCAUAUCCACUAUCACAAGUUGACACAAUUGAUGUCACUACUGGAACAAUUAAUAACAAUUCAGCUUUAAAUUUAGUAGUUUUUGGAGAAAAAGAUGAACACUUGGAACUUAUGGAUGGAGUACUUGUAGAUCUUUUAAAUGCUAAAUGGAAUACAUUUAUAAAAUCAAGAUUUUAUCAGCAAUUUUUUUUAUUUUGUUUUUAUUUUAUUAUAUCAUUAAUAAGUUUUACAUUACGUCCUGGUCCAAAUCCAGCAUCAACAUCAAAUAAUCAAACAGCAACUACUGAUUCAUCAACAUUAUCAACAACAACAUCAGCAAUACCUGAUACAAGUGUUGAUCUUUACAUGUCUGAUCAGCUUAAUGAAGCUAUUCGACAAAUUGCAUCAACAUUGACAUCGAAAAUAGUACUGAAUCAAAAUUUAACAUCAACAAUUAUUGAUAAUUUAGUAACACAAUUUACAAAUAACAUAACAUUAAAUAUUAAAGAUAAUUUAAAUUCAUCAAUGUUUGUAAAUUCUAAUUUUUCAAGUUUAAAUGAUUCAUUAUUUGAUGAUACAUUUAUGGAUAUUAAUAAAACUCAAGUUAUAAAAUUUAAUGAUAGCAUAAAUACUACCACUUCAUCUUCUUUUUUUCGAGUUAUUAUGAACCAAGAAAAAUGGUGGAAAGAAUUGGCUGGUGAUUGUCGUCUAAUGCAGCUAAAUUCACCAACAGAAAAAAUACGUUUAACUGCUGAAAUAUUUAUGGAACUUGGUGCAUUUCUUUAUAUUGUUGCUGCUCUUAAAGAAGCUAGAUUUUUAGGUCUCAAUAUGUUUAUCGAAAAUUUAAUGACAGCACCUUCACGUGUUAUGUUUCUAAUAUCUUGUUGUAUACUGAUGUCAUUUCCAUUUUUACGUUUAUCAUGUGCCGACAAAGCUGAAGAUAUGCUAGCUGUUGUUGUAAUGCUAACAACUGCACCUUAUUUUUUAUUUUUUUGUCGUGGAUUUAAAACAGUUGGUCCAUUUGUCGUCAUGAUUUACAGAAUGAUUAUGGGAGAUCUGUUACGUUUUGUCUCGAUAUAUCUUGUAUUUGUCAUGGGAUUUUCACAAGCGUACUAUAUAAUUUUUUUAUCAUUUGAUAAUCCUCAAACACCUGAGGGAGUUGAUGAUUCAACGAGUAAUCCAAUGCCUUCACCUAUGGAGAGUGUAAUGGCAAUGUUCCUCAUGAGCAUGACGAAUUUCGGUGAUUACUAUGGAGCAUUUGAAAGAACGGAACACGAGAUAGAGGCCAAGUGUCUGUUUGUUGUUUACAUGGCAAUUGUGGCAAUAUUGUUGGUGAAUAUGUUAAUUGCUAUGAUGGGAAAUACAUAUCAAAAAAUUGCAGAAACAAGAAAUGAAUGGCAACGACAGUGGGCUAGAAUUGUGUUGGUUGUUGAGAGAGGUGUACCUCCAGCAGAAAGAUUAAAAAAACUCAUGGAUUAUUCACAGCCAAUGUCAGAUGGAAGACGAGCCCUUGUACUGCGGUUGCAUCAAUCGGAAGAAGAUAAAGAAGACAUGAAAGAAAUCUUGGAAAUGAAAAGAACACAUGACAGAUUAUAUAAAAAACGAAUGGAAAAAAUGAAUAAUUUAAAGGAAGAUUUUUUAACUGAAAUUCAAGUGGUUUAAUUAAUUUUAUA